AUGUAUCCAGAGAUCAUGCAUGCCGAGAUUGGCUCCUUAGUUGCUAUUUCAGUUACCACAACAAACUCACUCAUCCGUUCAUCCAGCGGCGAGUCCCCGUGGAAAGCGCAGACGGUACAGGAGCAGCUGUUAGAUCGCGACGUGGACACGGGUCAGUUGCAGGGGGUGUGGGGUGGACGGCUGAGCCUGGCGCGGGCUCUAAACGCGGCCGAGCCCUCUGACGAGGUGUCUGGUCUUGCCGAGCUACGAGCGCCACUUUCCAGAACAUCCCGCAGGACGUGUGCAGAAUGCGAUGUGUGCACCCGUUUGCUUGUUAAGCAUUUGAGCAGUCGGAUAAAUUCGAGGCGACAUGUGGUCGUCACUUUUGGACUUCAGUGGGACAAAUGGCCGUUAGUGCCAACCUCAGUGACGGGGAGCGAGCAGGGCGUGGCUCGGAUGCGGGGGGCAGGACGAGGACACGAGCCAGGCAGCUCCAGCCGCCUGCCGCCACCCAGAAACUGGCAGCCCCGGUUUCCUCCACCUCCACGUGGUCAGGACCAGCUGAACAUCUGGAUCUCAGCGAAAGCAAAGACUUCCCCAGAACUCUCCCCUGUCCAUGCCCAUCAGACUUCUGCAUGUCGCUCCUCGGCCAGACAGUACAUCACAGCCACCUGCAGCUCCGGCAGGAUCUGGAAAAAAGGGGUGGAUGGAUCCGCGGCGUCUGUCACCUCAGGUGCACCAAACUUUGCCUAA